AUGUUUCUCUUGAUUACUUCAAGUAUUAUUCCGCUCUCAGGUAGAGCAGCAAAUACAGCUCACACAACAAAAUCUCAUGGUGGCAAAAAGUUGGCACGCCGAAAAUAUUGUCUACCAAAACGCCCAGCUCCAACUUCAUCCCAGUUUCAAUCGCAGGGAACAAAUUGGCACGGAAACUGGGAAACUGGAAACUGUGCUUAUAAACAGUGGCCUCGUCCACAAGAUUUAGGAUAUAUUGCCAUAGCAAGCAACCAAUGGAAAGAUGCAGCUGCCUGUGGAGCAUGCAUUUCAGUCACAGGCCCUGGUGGUACAUUCACUGGAAUUGUUGGAGAUCAAUGUCCAAGUUGUUUGAAAGAUGCUUUAGAUCUUGAUGAUUCAUUAUGGAAACAAGUCAGUGGAAAUCAAUCACCUGGUAUUGUCAAAAUCACCUGGUCUUUUGUGCCUUGUGGGUUUUCAGAACCCAUGAAAUUUAUCAACAAGGAAGGGACAAGUGGGUACUGGAACUCAAUUCAAGUUGCUGGAAGUAGCACUCCCAUCAAGUCAUUAGAAAUCACAAAACAAGGGACAGAAAAUUGGACAGUCAUGAAGCUCCAAUCAAAUAGCAAUUACUGGCAACUUGGUAAUGGUGGGAUCGGGGAGACAGCGGAUAUCAAAGUCACUUGUCAAGAUGGUAGUACAUUCACAACCAAAGGUGUUGAUGUUGCCACUCCUCAGAAAGUUACCUCAGCAGAAUCAAACUGCAAAUAA